AUGUAUAAAAUGGAUUAUUCGUACCUAAAUUCGUACGACUCCUGUAUGGCAGCGAUGGAAGCUUCUGCAUACGCCGAUUUCAGUUCCUGUAGCCAGGCCAACAGUUUGCAUUACAGUCCCAUUCGCUCCAGCUUCGGGAGUGGCCCGGUUUGUCCUACUCUGACACCAGCGAACUGCAAUCUAGGAUCUCUCCGAGAACACCAGAGCUCUCCAUACACCACAGUACCAUACAAGUUCUUCACGGAGCACAGCGGGAUCAAUGAGAAACGGAAACAGCGCAGAAUCCGUACCACAUUCACCAGCUCUCAGUUGAAGGAGUUGGAGCGAGUGUUUGCUGAGACUCAUUACCCAGAUAUCUACACCAGGGAGGAGCUCGCACUGAAGAUUGACCUGACAGAGGCCAGGGUCCAGGUCUGGUUCCAGAACCGUCGAGCAAAAUUUCGCAAACAGGAGAGAGCUGCUAACUCAAAAGGGAAUGGCAGCAAUCUGCCUGGGAAGAAGGGUGACCUUGUGUCGGAGGAGGACGACUCGAAGGAGCCCAAAUGCACUGACCCAGACAGCACAGCCAACCCUGGCUGCCCCCCCUCCACCUCCAGCUCUUCCAGCUCCUCCUCCUCCACCCCCUCAGGGCCUAUCUCCAGUAGCAGCCCCCAUGCAGUCAAUUUGCCCAGUCCCAAUGGCUCCCAGUCCCUCAAAGCAGCAGCUGCCUGGUCCAACAACGAGCUGCUGAAGGCCCAAACCUGGCAGCCCAGUGACAGUAUGAGCGGCCCCUUUGCUGGUGUGCUCUCUACCCUGCACAGAAAAUCCAACAUGCUCAAGCCUAACCUGUUCUAG